CGUGACCAAAACCGCAAAAAGAAAAAAAAAAAAAAUUUAAAAAUUGAGAAAAAUCCCAAAAGUCAAGAGAAAAAAAGGAAUACGAAGAUAAUUAAUUCUCUGAUGAUACCUUGCUUCGAUCCCACGCAGAAUAACCCUUAUCUUCAAACUCUCUGGAAACAAAGGUACAGGAUUCUCUCAUUUCCUCUCUCUUUCCUUUUGCCUUUCUCACUGGCUUCUCUAUAUGUUUGAGUUUGGACCUCACUCUGUUCUCCGAAUCUUUUGAUCAUUUUUAGAUGAAAGAUGAAUUGGGCUGUUUAUAAAAUCCCUGUAAAGCCCUCUUCUUGUUUGGUAUUUUGCUUGUUUGUGGUUUAAACCUAGAAGCGAAAUUUUAUGGUCUCAUUGGGGGUCAUGGAAGAAAAACCAUUUCCUGCAUGGUCUUGGUCAGUUGAGCAAUGCUUGAAGGAAUACAAUGUCAAGCUGGAGAAAGGUUUGAGCUCUUUUGAUGUUGAGAAGCGAAGGGAGAGAUACGGGUGGAACGAAUUGAGAAAGGAGAAGGGGAAACCACUAUGGUGUCUCAUAUUGGAGCAAUUCGAUGAUGUACUCGUUAAAAUUCUCCUCGUCGCUGCAUUUAUCUCAUUCGUUCUUGCUUACCUUCAAGGAAAUGAAUCGGGUCAUAACGGAGGUUUUGAGAUUUAUAUAGAACCCUUUGUGAUUGUGUCGAUUCUUGUCCUUAACGCGAUUGUGGGAGUUUGGCAGGAGACCAAUGCUGAAAAGGCUCUAGAAGCCUUGAAGGAGAUGCAGUGUGAAUAUGCUAAGGUUUGGAGGGAUGGGUGUUAUGUACCUGAUCUUCCCGCUAGAGAGCUAGUACCUGGAGAUAUCGUUGAAUUGAUAAAAACUUCGACAUUGAGAGUAGAACAGAGCUCGUUAACAGGCGAGAGCAUGCCCGUUAUCAAAGUUACCAGUCCAGUGUUUAUGGACGAUUGCGAGUUGCAAGCCAAAGAAUGUAUGCUCUUCUCAGGGACUACCAUUGUCAAUGGUAUUUGUGUCGGUAUAGUGAGCAAUAUUGGUAUGGACACAGAGAUAGGAAAAAUCCAGACUCAAAUACACGAAGCUUCAUUAGAAGAACAUGAAACUCCCUUGAAGAAGAAGCUGGAUGAAUUCGGUGAGAGGCUUACCACCGCAAUUGGCAUUGUUUGUCUUGUUGUUUGGGCUAUCAACUACAGGAAUUUCAUUACAUGGGAGUCAGCAAAUGCAUCUUUGUGGAAUUUUCGGUUCUCUUUCGAAAAGUGCACGUAUUAUUUCAAGAUAGCAGUUGCACUCGCAGUGGCAGCGAUUCCCGAAGGUCUUCCUGCUGUUAUUACAACUUGUUUAGCUUUGGGCACUAGGAAGAUGGCACAUAAAAAUGCAAUUGUGAGGAAGCUCCCUAGUGUGGAGACUUUAGGGUGUACAACCGUAAUUUGCUCAGAUAAGACGGGCACUUUAACAACUAAUCAGAUGUCGGUUAACGAAUUCUUUACGCUUGGAGGCAAGACGACUGCAUCAAGAGUGUUUCAUGUAGAAGGGACGACAUAUAACCCUAGGGAUGGAGGGAUCACUGAUUGGAGCUAUUACAACAUGGAUGCAAACUUGCAAGCUUUGGCAGAGAUAUGUGCAAUAUGCAAUGAUGCAGGGGUUUAUUGCAAUGAGCACCUCUUUCGGGCCACUGGGUUGCCUACAGAAGCAGCUCUAAAGGUUUUGGUUGAGAAGAUGGGAGUUCCUGACACUAAGAUAAGGAACAAAAUUGGCUAUUUGAUCGAUCAGACCUCAGUGAAGUUAGGCUGUUGUGGAUGGUGGAUGAAGAGAUCAAGAAGGAUAGCCACCUUGGAAUUUGAUCGAGUUCGUAAAUCAAUGAGUGUAAUUGUACGUGAACCAACUGGAAGCAAUCGACUCCUUGUCAAGGGCGCUGUUGAAAGCAUUUUGGAAAGAAGUUCACGUGUCCAACUAGCAGAUGGAUCAAUUUCACCUAUUGAUGAGCCAUGCAGGCAGCUAAUACUAUUGAGAUUACACGAGAUGAGCUCAAAGGGCUUGCGAUGCUUAGGGUUUGCAUACAAAGAUGACUUGGGGGAGUUCUCAGAUUACUAUGCUGAGUCUCAUCCUGCUCACAAGAAGUUACUUGAUCCAGCUAACUACUACGAGAUAGAAAGCAAUCUUGUUUUUGUCGGUGUUGUUGGUCUAAGAGACCCUCCUCGUGGUGAAGUCUAUAAAGCAAUUGACGAUUGUAGGGAAGCAGGUAUUAAAGUUAUGGUGAUAACUGGUGAUAAUAAGUCAACAGCAGAAGCAAUUUGCCAGGAGAUUGGCUUGUUAUCUAGCUCAACAAAUAUAAAUGAUCAUAGUUUUACUGGAAAAGAAUUUAUGGCUCUUCCCGUUAGUCGGAGGAUUGAGAUUUUGUCAAAGCCUGGAGGUAUUGUAUUUUCUCGUGCUGAGCCGAGGCAUAAGCAGGAAAUUGUGCGACUUCUUAAGGAAAUGGGUGAAAUUGUUGCAAUGACUGGAGAUGGUGUCAAUGAUGCGCCUGCAUUAAAACUAGCUGACAUUGGAAUUGCUAUGGGUAUCACUGGAACUGAGGUUGCGAAGGAAGCUUCGGAUAUGAUUCUAGCUGAUGAUAAUUUCAGCACGAUUGUUGCAGCCGUUGCAGAAGGACGUUCAAUUUACGACAACAUGAAAUCUUUUAUUAGGUACAUGAUAUCAUCUAAUGUAGGAGAAGUGAUCUCCAUCUUUUUGACUGCUGCACUUGGUAUACCUGAAUGCUUAAUACCGGUUCAGCUUCUUUGGGUCAAUUUGGUUACUGAUGGGCCUCCUGCAACUGCCCUUGGUUUCAAUCCUGCUGAUGUUGAUAUCAUGCAUAAGCCACCGAGGAAAAGCAACGAUCCCCUGAUCAAUUCCUGGGUUCUGUUUAGAUACAUGGUAAUUGGUUCCUAUGUCGGUUUAGCCACUGUUGGAAUCUUCAUAAUAUGGUACACUCAGCCCUCAUUCAUGGGCAUCAAUCUCACUAGUGAUGGUCAUAGUUUAGUCUCCCUCUCCGAGCUCCGAUCAUGGGGAGAUUGCCAUAAAUGGGUAGAUUUCUCGCCGGAUCCAUUCAUGGCUGGUAACCGCAUAAUUUCCUUUUCCGACCCUUGCGAUUAUUUCACUGUCGGAAAAGUAAAGGCGAUGACCUUAUCUUUAUCGGUUCUGGUAGCAAUUGAGAUGUUUAAUUCAUUGAAUGCUCUAUCGGAGGAUAAUAGUUUGGUUCGAAUGCCUCCUUGGAGGAAUCCUUGGCUUUUAGUUGCGAUGAUGAUUUCUUUUGGUCUGCAUAUUCUCAUCCUUUAUGUUCCGUUUCUUGCAACGGUGUUUGGGAUUGUUCCGUUGAGUUUGAAUGAGUGGUUUCUGGUUAUUUUGGUUUCGUUCCCGGUGAUUCUCAUUGAUGAGGUGCUGAAAUAUGUUGGUAGGAGGCAUCAUUGGAGGAAUCAUAAGCAUAAGAUUGCCUAGUGUGGAAGUGAACUAUAUUGAUUGUUAUGUAUACUGAGGAGGGUGAGUUGUAUAUGUCUUCCAUUUUUCUAUGUUACUUUCUUUAAUGUAGAAUCAAUGGGAAAUGUUUAAAAGAAUGUAGUGAAGCUGUUGUUUAAUAGUACACUAAGAUGGAAACAAUGGAAAUUUGCACAUCAUUCUGUUUGUUUUUCUA